UGGAGUGGGGGUAAAUUGGUAUCAGCAGGGAAAAGGACAAGUUGGUCAUCCAUGCAGGCUGCAGUCAGUGGUUGAGUCCCGCUGGAUGCUGUUGGUGGAUAAAAUUCAGUUGUCAACGGACUUCUCAAAACCCAGAGCUAUCAAUUUGCACGAUAGAAUUCUCGACGGUGAGUCACAUAAAACAUGGAAUCCCUCAUUCGUGGCUGUCAACGUAUGGGGCUGGUCCUGAAAAAUGGCACGGGGAUCAUCAACGUUUCAGUAAGACGAGCAUCAGUGGCUGCCAAGUUGAAAAUAAUCGAGGGUAACAAUGGAGAGAGAAUUUUCACAUCGCCAUUCGGUGACGUUGAUUUUCCAUCAGCAACACUGCCAGAAUUCAUAUGGGAAAAUGUCCAUAAGUGGCCAACAAGGAUUGCUCUGGAAUGCAGUGUAACAGGUCGUAAAUACACAUACGUUGAAGCUCGAGACAGUGCUAACUAUGUCGCAAGGAGUCUACGGAAUAUGGGCCUUCGUCAGGGUGAUGUAGUGGCCGUGAUUCUUCCGAAUUUGCCAGAGAGUCCAAUCGCUCUUUUGGGAGCUGUGGAAAGUGGACUUAUCGUCACACCAGUCAAUCCAAUCUAUACGCCUGAUGAAAUAGAAAGACAACUGAGACUAUCAGGUGCCAAAGCCAUCAUCACAUCCAGUGAUCUUGCACCGAAUGCCGUUGCAGUGGGAAAAACAACUCUUCCACAGAAUGCACCAAUCAUUGUCGUUGACGAUGGAGUUAGACCUUUGCCCGAAGGGACAAUAUCAUUCAAAGAUCUCUUGACGAGAGGAAAAACUCUGCCCGAUGUUUCGAAGAAUUCACAGAGCCCCCAUGAUGUCUGUAUCAUGCCUUAUUCCAGCGGUACUACGGGACUACCAAAGGGUGUCAUGGUGACACAUAGAAAUCUCAUCGCUAAUGUUGUUAUGAGCACUCACAGUAUACAACUGAGUAAUGACGUUCAUGAUGUUAUACCUGCAAUUCUACCUCUCUGCCACAUAUAUGGAUUGAAUUGUAUGAUGCACGCCAGGCUAGCUUUGGGUGCUCAUUUCCUUACUCUGCCUUCUUUUACACCAGACAUUUUUAUCAAUACACUGACGAAACAUCCAUGUACUUUAUUAUUCUGCGUCCCAUCGAUACUGCUUUUCAUGGCUGCAUCGCCGAAGAUAAAAACAGAACAUUUUAAGCGAUUGCGUUGUAUCAUCUCUGGCGCAGCAUCCAUCAUUGGAUCAGACAUAGAGAGAAUUUAUGAUCAGUUUGGACUUGAUCAGCAAACAGUACCAUUUAUCCAGGGAUAUGGAUUAACAGAAUGCACGGGGGUUGCAUUAAUCCAGACCUCCCACAAUAAAUAUGCGAGCGUUGGAUAUCCAAUCGCGAAUAGCGAAGCGAGACUGGUUGAUCCAGUCACAAAUCAGGACGUACAGACUCCAGGUCAAACUGGUGAAAUUUGGCUAAGGGGUCCGCAUAUUAUGAAGGGGUAUUACGAAAAUGAAAAAGCUACAAAUGAGAUGCUACAAGACGGGUGGUUGAAAACAGGUGAUAUUGCCUAUUUCGACGAUGACUUCAAGUUUUUCAUCGUCGAUCGUCUGAAGGAACUCAUCAAAGUCAAAGCCUUUCAGGUCCCCCCUGCUGAAUUAGAAGGCAUCCUCAGAACUCAUCCCGACAUUGCUGAUGCUGCGGUUAUUGGUAUACCUGAUGCACGGUCCGGAGAGGUCCCGAAGGCAUUUGUGGUACUCAAAAAAAAUCGUACGACGACAGCAGAAAAUAUCCAAAAUUUCAUGAAAGGAAAAGUUUCGGAGUACAAAGAGCUUAUAGGGGGAGUUGCCUUCAUUAAUGAAAUUCCAAGAAACGCCACAGGGAAAAUUCUCAGAAUAGAGCUGAAAAAAUUGCAUCAUAACGAGUGAGUUGUCCUUCUUGUGUGAAAAAAUUCUAAUAAACAGAACUGGAAAAUUCAAGAUGAAGAAUCCGUUCAGAGGCUAUCAUACCAGAGCAAGGUCGGUUGAUGUUAACUAUAAAAUAAUUUUCUAUAAAAUAAUUUAGAUAUUUCUAUUUUUUUAACGAAGAAAAACUGAUUUUUUAAAAUAGAAUUCGUGCAAAAUAGCGAUCUCUGUUGUUUUUUUGUAUUUAACUGAUGACCCCUGCAGUGCAACGUGCUGGAAUGAACUUGAAUAAUGAAAUCGUUGGGUGUUAAAUAUGUGCCUUGAAUUUUUACUAAGAAAUAAGUAUGUGAUGGGUUGAAUUAAGCACAAAUUUAAGGUGUAAAUAGUGAAUUUUAUAUAUAAAUAGCGAAAUAAAUCGUACGAAUAAGUGGUUUUACAGGGAAAAAACACAAAUAAAUUGUCAGUUUUACGUUUGUUGAAAAUCUCAAUAAAAUGAUAAGUGAGAAAAAGCAA